AUGACCAAUCUAGCACCUAUCCAACAAAAUAAUUUUGAAUUCCCAUACGCUACAAGGUGGUCUUCACUUGGGAUGAAUUACGAUAACUGUCCCCAUUUCAGUAUCACCCAAUACAGAAAUCUUAUAGAUCAUUUGGGACAAGAUGAUUUUAUUUGGCGGCCAUAUCUUGGUCUAGAAGCCAUUCACGAAGUUAACCAACACGACUCUGCAGUGGGGAGUGCAAAGGUGUCGAUUAUCAACUUCACAACCAUGGAGAUGCACAACAAUGAUCGUGUACAGCUUCAGUUUGGAAUGCUUCAAGAUAUUCCAUGUCCGCCGAAAUGUAUCCCCGACAAAUAUCACACCGGUAAAGUCUCCAACCAAUGGGAAUAUUCUCCAUGGACCAAGUAUGCAAAACAUGAGUGUCGUGAAUGGAGGCAUCGUAGCCAUUUUGUUUUGUCCGACACUGUGUUUCCACACGAGAGAAAACAGACUAUCCAAUACAUGAAUUGGUAUAGGGAGGUAUCCAUCGGUUUCAUUUCGCAUCCAAGAUAUCUUGUUGACCCACGCCAACAAGCCACAUCAUCAAGACCCCAACAACCAACCCAACCCCAGCCCCAUUUCCAACCGCCAACCCAACCCCAUUUCCAACCACCAAUCCAACCCCAUUUCCAACCUCCAACCCAACCCCCUUUCACACAACCACAACUAUAUGAACAUACCCCUAACCAAUUCACCCCAUUCACAGAAACUUAUUCACAGUCCGAAUACCAAAAAUAUCCACCACAAUACCAAACAUACUCCAUGAAUACUACAAACCAAAUAAACACCCAGUUUCAAACACCAAAUCAACCCUUACCAGCCCAAACAUUUACACUCAUGUCACCCUACGACCAGUCAGGCUAUCGUCCUGACAUUGCCUCAUCCAGCCAACCACCUCAAAAUAAUUAUGAAGGCAUGGGCAACCCUUUUGAUUUGGAUGACUUUACGGGGAUGGAAUCGACUUCAUGGGCCGAAAUGAUGCAAUUUCUUGAAGACGACACGGUCGACCCGACUCCACCAUAA